CUUUCUGUUUCCUCAAAAAGCUUAAUAAAGGACAAGUAGUAUUGCCAUAUAAAUGUCAGCAAAAUUACCCGAGUUUAAGGAUGAACAAUAUCCACCUGAUUUAGAAUUAAAGCUUCUACAAGUAGUUCAUAGACAUGGUGAACGUUCACCCGUUAGAAGAAGACUGGAAGGAAUCAUUCCUCCUGUUUGGAAUUUAUGUGCAGCCAACAAGGCCAUGUUCUCAACGAUUGCUCAAUUUGAUAAGGACGAGAUAAAAGAUUUAGAAGCUGUCAAAACGAAGCGAUUAGUCGAAACUGCAGAAACCGAGAGUAAAUCUUCCAUGCCCAUCCAAUCUGAUUUAUGUUACUAUGGCCAAUUGACAAAUCUUGGUAGAUACAGAAUGACAAUUUUGGGUCAACGCAUGAGAGAAUUCUACAUUGACAAACUUCACUUUUUACCUGACUUGUACGAUGAAAAGGCUGUGUAUUUAAGGAGCAGUGAUUAUAUCCGUACGCAAGAAUCUGUUCAACAAUUAAUCACCGGUGGUCUUUAUCCUCACGGCAAAAGACCUGACAAUGUCACUUUGAAACUUCGUGUUCGUGAUCCUAGAGACGAUUUAAUGUUCCCGAAUCCAAACUGUCAGCGUUUACGUGCUCUAGCAAAGGAGUUUAACCAAAAGGUAUCAGAUAUGCUGCAGGAUAGAUUCAAGGUGUUGUCCAAACGAUUUAAAAACUAUGUAGACGAAGUAUCAUUGAAGAGUCACCCAUCUGCGAACGGUAUUUUGGAUACAUUGAUUGCAGCUAAAGCUCACGGGUUCAAAAUACCCGCCGAUAUCGACGACGAAGAAUUGUUAAGAGAUCUUGAGGAUACAGUGGUGAAGGAGUGGUUUUAUGGAAACAUGGUAUCAGAGGAAGUACGUAGAUUGAGUUUGGGUAGAUUAAUGGGCGUGAUCAGAGACCGUAUGAUCUAUAGAGCCACUCAAUCAAAGGAAGACGAUGAAAAUCUUAAAUUGGCAGUUUAUUCUGGACAUGACACGACUGUGGCACCAUUGUUAAUUAUUUUAAACGGAUUUGAUGAACGAUGGCCUCCUUUUGGUAGUGCAGUUCUGUUUGAAUUAUUCAAGCAAAAGGGAACAAAUGAUCAUUUUGUAAGAGUUAGAUAUAAUGAAAAAACCUUGGAAUUACCUGGUUGUCUUGCCAAGGGUAACCAUAAAGACGGUGAUAAGUCACUCUGUACUUUAGAAGCCUUUAAAAAUAUCGUCAAGAAUCAAAUCCCUGAAAACUGGGAAAAGGAAUGUUCAAACUAGCAAUAAAAAUUUUGAUCACAGGAAUAAACGGAUGUCAAUCACUGUAGAGUAUGAGCAUAGAUACUACUUUGUCAUUGCGUCAGUGUCGCAAAAAGAGAACGCUUGUCUCUCAGGCUUUACCCCUGUACUUUUGGUGAUGCAUUGCGUUGUGCCACAGCAAGUCUCAUACUCUAGAGGAUACUUCCUAAUGACCACCCUACUGAGAAGCCAGCAGAUGGAUAUCGUUUUAACAAUGGCUGUCCUUGAGCCUGAGAUUUAUCCUUGGCCCAUUGGGGUGGUUAAAGGCCACUCGCGGUCUUUGAAAAAAUG